AUGGAAGAUCUACUCAUUCAGAUAUCGAAAGAUGCAGCAAAUGCAAAAUUAAAUAAUUUGAGUCAGUCAGCAACUGAAGCAUAUGGUAGCGUUUUACACUGAUUUUAAUUGAAACUGCUUGAUAAUUUAUAAUUGCAUAUCUACCUAUUCAACUUAGAUACUAAUAUAAAUUAUUACCUAAACUGAGGAAUUAAUACUCUUUCUAGAAAAUAUAUAAUUCAAUUUAGUUUUUAUUUAUGUUUAUAGUGUUUUUAGACAAACAACAAGGAACCUUGCGUGAUCCAGCCCAUGAAUUAAGAGCUAAAUGUUUAAAUGUUUUUAAACAAGCAUUUGAAUCUAGAAAAAGUAAAUUAGUAGCACAUGCCCUGUGUGGAUUAAACGUAAGAAAUUUACUUAACCGAAACACUUAAUUAAUAAAGAUUAAAAAAAUAUUGAUUAUUAUCAAUAUAAUAUUAAUUAUGUCUAGAAAAUUCUAAGAGAUGAUCGAUUUCAAUCAAAUUUUGAACCUGAAGAUGAUUCAUUAUGGUUGCCAUCACAAAUUUUGUAUACAAUCAACUCAAUAUUAACACAAUCUGAUGACACACAAAUAGAUAUGUUAAAGGUGAUUUUACACUUGUUAUGUAAACACAAAAAUUAAAUAAAAAUUGAUUUUCAGGUGUUUUUAAAUGUUGCUUGUUCUUCAUAUUGGACAAUGAAUGGACGUAUAAUAAUACAGAUACUCACAUUAUCUUGUGAAGUAUAUGAAAAUGGGAACCAAGGAAUUCGAUCUGCUGCUCAAGCAGCUGUCAGUCAGACACUACGAUAUUUUUGCAAUUUUCUUGGUAAUAGAUAUGAACAACAUAAUAAUUAAACUAAUGAUCCCUGCAUCAAUUGAAAUAGUUUUUAGUGGACAAAUUUUUUAUUUAAAGUUAUCUCGUUUUUUAUUAAAUUUCUUACUUAACCAUAUUUAGUUCUAAUAUAAAAUUUAAAUUUAUUGUUUUAUUUAUAGUGGGUUAGUGAUCUUGAAAGUGAUAGGGCCUAGAACUUAGUAUAACUAUGAUCUUAUCUAUAUUCCUCCCAAUUUGUGCCAUUUAUUCCCAUGUAAAUUAGUAAGGAUAUAUGUAACUGGAUGUGUUAAGUCAGAAUACAGUUUACUUAUCUUGUGGGUCAAAUUUUAGUCAUAUAUUUAAUCCCAUUAAAUAUUUAACUCUGGCAUUAUAUAAUAUUUGAUGGAUUAAUAAUUUCAAACUGAUCAAAAAUAUUUGUAGAUGAAGAAUGUGAAGAAGUAAAUAAAAUGAAAGAUAAUGGUGCUGGUGGAGUAUUAUGUUUUAAUGAAGUACUACCAAUCAUGCAAUUCAUUGUUAGUAAAAUAGAUGAGACUCAAAAGUAAAUAUACUACAAACAUUUAUUAUGUUUAAAGUUUGAAUUCAAAUUAUAUAUUGUAUGUCUAUAGUGGCGACCGUUGUAGCCAAGCUGUUGUAUUUUAUCUUGAGUGUCUUCAUACUCUUGUUGCCAGCUUACCUCAAAAAGUGCACGACAAUCGUCACUUCACUAUGUUUUUAUGGCAACGACUAUGUCCAGCUAUCAUAGCUUUUUUAGGGUCUCCUCGAGUUGACAAAAAAAUAGUGUCAAGAGAUGAUGAUAAUACCACUAAGUUAGGCAGAGGCUCUGGUGUUUUAGGAAGUGCGCCUAGCUUUAACAGUCAUCAAUCUAAAAUAAUAUACAGGUAAUAAUGGCAAAAGUACUAUUUCUUAUACUAACCUUUUACUUUUUAGCUUAAUAAACUUACAUGCUUAUUACUAACAAUUAUUAUAACAUAACUAAUACAAGGCAUGUUAUUUUAGUAUUGGAAGUCAAUUAGUGAGAUUGGUUGGAUGUGUAAGUUCUCUUAGGCCGGUUUUAGAAUCGGUCUAUCAUAGAAUGCUUUUAUAUCCACCACCUAUCUAUAGGAUAGAUGCUUUGAAAGCUUUAAAAGAGGUAAAUAUUUAGCUUUAUUAGGAAAAUUAAUUAACUUUAAUUUAUACAAAUAAAAGUAGCUUUAUAAAUUGUAAUGAAAUGAAAAUGAAUGAUAACACUAGACAUUUGAUCUUAAUUAAACUUAAAGACAAAUUCAAAUCCGUUUUCAGAAUUCUUAUGACAUUACUAUAACAAUCAGUAUAUCUAAAAACCUAUGUCGAGAAUUUGUUGGUUGUCUAAUUAAACCAAAUGUAACCUGUAUAAUAUUUGUUAUUUGGAUAUUAUUAAUUUUCAAAUAUACUAACUGUUUUAAACAUUUUAAUUUAAAAAAAAAAAACCAUCAACUGUGUUAAAUAAUAAUCGCUAUUUUUAUUAAUUUCAUAUUCUAAACAAAAUAUUCCUCUGAAAUUGUUGAUUUACAAUAUAAAAAUUUAAACAAAUUAUAAUAUUAAAUUCUAAACCAUUCAUUGAUUAUUUUUUAUACUCUAUGAGUAUUUAAAGUUUCAAUAAAAAAAGCAAAAGGAUAGGGAAUUAAUUAUAAAGUAAGGUUUAAAUAUUAAAAUAACAAAAAUACUAAGUAGCUUUGCCUUUAAAUUCUUUUAACUAUGCAAUUAUAAUUGUUUAUUUAUUUUUAUGAUUUUAAUAAGGAAUUACUUAUUUAAACAUUUUAUUUUGGUUUCAGUUAUUGAGUAGUCCAAAUAGGAUUGUUGAUUUUGCUGGACCAAUACUUGUUGAAGAUGAUAAGAUAUGUCAACAAAGUGACAUGGCAUUAACUCGUUUGUUAGUAUUUAAUAAAAUUUAUAUUGUUUUAAAUAUUUUGUUAUGUAUUUUUAUUUUAUUUUAGAGUGAUGGAUUCUAUUGAAGAAUGUUCUAAAUGCAUGGAUUGGGAUAUUAUAUCUAUAAGUGUUUCAUGUAUACUUUCUUUGCUUUCAACCCUUCUUGAUCUAUCUACUGGAAAAGGGAUCAAUGAUAUUUACACUGAUAAGAUAAAUGAAACAUUUCCGUCAUUAGACAGUUGUGAUUAUACAGGGCCUUUAACUUAUGAGUCUAUGAUGCGAUUACCAAAUAUCUAUAGAGAACAAUUAUCAUCUUCAGAUACAUCUAUUGGAAAUAGGAGUCGUAUAAAUAGUACAAGUAGUAGUAGUGGAGUACCAAGUAGUGGUAAUACAGAAGGUCCUGAAGGAGGAUAUCAAAAUGAUCCGCAGGUAAUUCAAUAUGAUAUUUUACUUCUUGAAUACAUUUUUUGAAAAAAUGAUGCAUUCUAUAUACCUAUUUAUUUUAAUUAUUUCAAUUGUUCAGAUUUUCAAAUAAUAAAAUAUCUUAAUUCUUCAAAUUUGAUUUAUCCAAUGUUUUUUUAAAUUUUAGAUUGAUGAAAUGGAAGCAGUAGCUGAAAAAAACUUGAAAGAAGAAGCAUUUCGUUUACAAUUAGUGACAAAAAAGCUGAGUACACUCAAUGUUAUUCAGGUGACUCCAGUAAGUUUUAUUAAAUAUAUCAAAAAUGAGAUAUGUAUAGAAAAAAUACAUUAUUUUUUUAAAUUUUAAAUUUAUUUACAUUGGUCCUUUUAAAACCAAACCACAACUUUAUACACAAUGUUAUGUAUACAGUUUUUUAAAAUUAGUUAUAAAACAAAAUAUUUUUUAAAAAACUUAUUCUUAAGAUUUAAUUUUUUAAUUUUAAAAUAAUAGUUUCUAAUCAUAUUUAAUAAUGAAGUGAAUCAUAAAUAAUCAAGUGAAUUAUUAAUAAUUCUAAUAACUUUUAGAUUAUGACCAUAAUCAUUUAUAAGCAUUCUAGUAUGUGUUUUAGUACUUAAGAAGUAUUCCUCCAUUUGUGAUUGGUCCAUUUCAAUUGUGCUUGUAUGUAGAAGUGUAAUAUUGUGUUACUCUUUCGUUGAGGAUAUUGAUAGUAUGAUAAAACAUUAAUAGUGACUCAAUAGAUUAACACAGUAUCUAUAAAUCACUUAUAUUGGUUCAAUACACAGAUGAUCAAAGAAUAAUUAUUACAUUAUUUUCUUUUUCAUGAUUUUCUUUCUGUGAUUUAUCUAACACAGUUUUACAUAAUAAAUCAUGGGUUAUUUUAAACUAAGUGUUCAUAUGAAAUUGCGGAGUGGGGGUAGCCAAGUCCUACAGACUAAUCAAUUUCACAUUGAUAACAGUUAUACUUUCUCAAGUACACGAUAAAACAUAAACUAGGUAAAUUUGAAUCAACCAACCGGAAUUCACCUGGUGCUGAAGUUUAUCCAAAAAUGUUAUUAUACGACUAUCAGACAUUUUUAUUUUUUACAAUGAUGUGUACCUUUUUAAUUUCUUCUUUGGUUAAACUAAUUCUUUAAAAGUUUCAUUCAGCACAUUAAUACAUAGAAAAUUGAAUUUCAAUGAUGUUUUAUUCUUCUAUUUUAGUACUGACUAUUAUCAAUGAUCAUUGAUUAAAUACUUUAAAAAAUACUGAUAAAGUGUAAUAAAACAAGUUGCUUACAGUUGCUUUAAUUUUAAAAAAAAUAUGAUCCAACACUCAAAAUAUGAAUUCUUUGAAUGAAAUAUAGUUUUUAUUUUUAAUAAUAUGUUUAGAUUUCAUUUUCUAGUUUUAUUUUUACUUAGGAUGUUAUAUCCGCAUCUACUGUCUCAGUAUAACUACCGGAUAACAUGCAAAAUCAAUACUUACGUAGAAUAAGUAAAACUGACUUAAUUUUGAAUUUAAAAUAAAAGUACCGUUUAUGAAAUUCAUAGAGAACAAUAUUUUGGAGAGAAUGUCUUAGGGUUUUUGUAUUCAAAAUAUACAGCUCGAUAUAAAAGAUACAAAAACAUUUUUUUUUUUUAAUAGUUCAUAAUUCAAAAAACACCUUCCAAUGAUAUUCCCUCCAAAAUAUUAUUCUCUUUUAAUUUAACGAUUGGUAAUUUUACUCUAAUAUCAAAAUUAACUUAUUUUGUGUAAGCGUUAUUUUUUAUAUGUUACCUUGUAGUUGGACUGGGACUGUAGAUGCUGAUAUAACAUUAUCUUAAAGUAUAAACACAAUUGAUGAUUUUAAUAUUAAUAAUAGGUAUAUAAUGUUUUAUAUUUUCAGGAGUCUGUCGAAUUAUUGGACUUGGAAAAAAAAAAUGCUGGCAAUUUUAUUCAAACUCUUGUUAGUUUUUUGCCAACAUUAUUACCACUUCGAAGUACAUUACAAGUAGAUGAAGAGAUUCAAAGAUUUUCUUCGAGUUUUUGUGAAGGUUAUAUUUUUUAUUGAAAAGUUUACUCUUAAUAAUACAUAUGAAUGAUAUUACAGUUUUUAAGUAUAUCAUUAAGUGAAAAGUCUACCAUUUUAAUACAAAAUAUAGGUUUAUUACAUUAUUAUAUUAUAUAUUAUACUUCAAUUUAGAAUAAAGUAAAUUAAUUUAAUUAAACAGAUACCUUUGAGAUUAAGAUUUGAAUCUAUGAAAACUCUGACAUAAUUUUUAUAUUUUAUACUAAUAUAAAAUAAUUCAUUGUUUUAAAAAUUUUAUUUCAGAUAUUAUUAAACAAGAAAAUAAAAAAUAUAGUUCAAUCAUUAUAAAUGCAGAUGGUGUUUACAUAGCAACUUUUAUGUCAUUAUAUCUAAAUUUAAAGUUAAUUAAUCAGAACUAUUAUGAUGAUGAUUCGUCUGUACUUCCCAUUAUGUCUGAAGUAAGUUUAAACAAAUUUAAUGACACAAAAUUAAAACUUUAAAGCAGAAAAAACUAUUAAACUUAUUGAAGUGUUAUAUUUCCUAAGAUUCAAUUUCAUUUUAUUUAUGAUUAUUUUUAUGUUCUUAUUGUUAUUGAAAACGUUUUAAUGGUGAUAAUUUUAUUCAUUAGGUCAUGAAUUUAUUUUAAUAAUGAUUUUGCCAAAAAAACUAUUUUAUGCACUUAAAGGUUUUUGUUUUAUAUUUAUUUAAGUUACAAUUAUCAUUGAGUGGGUUAUUCUACAGGAUCAAUUUGUUGAAGAAAUAUACAGCAGUGGCAUGUUAAUGUAUGUAUCUAGAAGUUGGUUAUCUGAGCUCUAUCAACAUGUUCUUGUUACUAAUAUUUUGGUAUUAUCCGGUUACAAGACUCAAGCUACUGGUCAUUUGGCGCUAAUAGAUCUAUUAACAGGUUCUUAUAGGGUUUAACAUUUUUUUUGUAUGGUUUUUUGGCUUGAAGAUUCGAUAAGCAUUUAUAUUAUUUUAGCUUUUUUAUGUUUGUUAUGCUUUCUUUUGUUUGGUUAUUUUAUUUAUUACUUCAAUAAAUUAUUUGGAAUACAUAUUUUGUGUUUAUAUUUUUCUAAGUAUUUUCUGAGAGUUUCUUUGUUUUAUUUUUAUUGCAAUGUAAUAAAAAAUAAUAUUUAGUUUGUUUUUAAUUACAAAAUUGAUUUAAGUAGUCUAAUUUUACUUUUAAGUAUACGUUUUUAAAUAACUUCCUAUAUCAAAAUAAAAAUCAAUUUUUUUUGAAAAAUUUAAUGUCCAUUUAUUAUAUUUUUAUUUUAUUUAUAAAAUUGUUAAAAAUUAAAAAUGAUCUGGUGGAGUGUACAUGUAGAUAAAAAUGUUUAUUAUAUUUCAUGGUUAUUUAAAAGUUAUAAAAAAUUAUUCUAAACAAAAAAUGUUUACUGUAAACUCAAAUUUUUACUCUAAACAUAGCUUCCAAUAAUAUUAUUCAAGAACACUGUUAAACUAUUUAAGUAAUCCACACAUAGACAUGUGACACUAUAAUUUCUGUUGGUUAAAUAAACAUUUAUAAUUUCAAUAAUUAAAAAAUAAUUCUAAAGAAGUGUGAAUAUAUUUACUAAUCAAUAAACUAAUUAGCCUUGAAUUUUCUUUUCAUAUUUGUUGUAAUUUAUUCAACUCCAAUUUUUGGGUAUUUAAUUACAACUAAUAAUCAUUACAAUUAUAAAAAGUAAUGUAAACUAUUAUCAUUUGUUAAAUUUAGUUUUAUUAAAAAAAAAUGUGGUACAAAAUUGAAUAUAUUUUUUUUUUCACUGGCAUAAGUUCUUUAAAUACUAUUCUAAUAGUUUUUUUUUUUUUUUUUUGUUAAAUAGCACUUUAAACAAUACAAUUUUACUACUUAUUAAUACUAUAAUAAUAUUUGUAUUACACAUAAUAGCCUGUAUUAAAUAUUUUAACAUAUUUUUUUUUUUUACAUACAUUUUCAGAUUUCUUGUAAUAUUUUAUUUUAUUCAAAUGUUUGUUAAUUAUAAUUUAGAUAUUGAUGGUUAUAGUUCUGAAAAUAAACUUAAUUGGUUGCUGUCUGAUUGUCUUCGUUUAGAAAGAACAGUUUGUAGAUCUGAAACGAGUCCUGAUAUUGAUGCAGGUAAUUUGAAUUGAAAUAUGUACUGUUCAAAAAUACAUUUUAAUUUAACAUUAAAGAAAAAAAAGAUAUUGACAAUGUACUUAAAUAAGUACAAGCAAGUUAUUUAUUUAUUUUUUUGUUAAUUAGGUAUAAAAUUAAGUAGAAGAAUAGUUACUUGUUGCUGGGAUACUAUGAUGAGUGUUUUAGCUAUUCCACUUCAAUGUGAUUCAUCAAAUGAUUCAAAAAAUACACAAGUUAAGAAGAUGUUACGUAAUGAACUUAACAAAGAUUCUAUUCGUCAAAUGUCUGUGCAGCAUAGUUUGGAUGCUUUACAAAAAGCAGCUACUCUUGCAAAUAUUUUAGGUAUGUAAGUUAAAAAACUUUAACAUUUACAUUAACUGAUUUUUUUUUUUAUUUGUCUCCAAAGUUUCCAACUUCAAUGUCAUUUAUUUUUAAAUUACUUACUCAAUAAUAUGUAUUUACUUUAUUAGGCAUGCAUACAAGUUGUGAAGGUAUAUUUUCUUUACUGGUUAAAGCUUCUUGUGCUCAGAAUGGUAAUCUUAAUUGGUUUUCUGGGAUAUUGAAAAAACAACCAAAGUUAAUAACUUCACAUGUUUUAAGUAUGGACGUGAUGCUUUCACGGGGUUUAGAAUUUGGAUGUCAUGGUCAAGAAUGCUGGCCACAUAUUUUUAAGUAGAUUAUUUAUUUAUAUAUUGAUUAAAAAUUAUUACAUUUUGAAUUUUAAUUUAACAGUUGUGCAUUAUAUGUUGGAUACUUGGAACAAGUAUUUUUUCGACAAACACAUUCUUCCGUUACUGCUUUAAAAAUGGUUAAGCCUAAAUUAUUAAACACUGAUAACUUAAACAAAAGUUUUGGUACUUCCAUAGAUAGUGAUGAAGAAGUUUGGUAAGAAAAUUUGUAUCAUACUAGUUUGUAAAUUAAAUAAUUGUAUGCAUAUUUUUGCUUUAUUUAAGUAUCUAAAAACAAAUAUUAGUUAAUAUAUAUUUUUAGGUACAAUGUUAUGUUUUUAUGUUUAUUUUAUAAUUUUAUAUUUAAUUAAAAUAUAUUUAAGAUUUAUUUAUUUAUACAGCUAUAUCACUAUCUAUAUUUAAUCAAAUAAAUAUCGUAUUUUUUUUUUUUAAAUAAAAAAAAACAACUUUCAGCUAUAACCAAAUAUUAAAUUAGGAACAAAAAAUGAUUAUUAUUAUAAAUGUAAUUAUUUUAUUUUUGUUUAGUAUGGAUGUAUAUAGUUUUUUGUCUUCGCCAACUUCUCCUAAUAAUUCAACAGAAACUAUAUCGACUUUAGUAAACAAGAGUAGAGCAGAUAUUGAAAACAAUGGAGUAUUAAACCAAGAAUAUGCUGCCCGAGUUGUAUGCAUUUUAUCUCAAUAUGUUGAUAGGUAAUUAUUAAAAUGUAUAAUUGUAAUUGUUUAAUUUCGAUCUAAUUAAUCUAUUUUAUAGAUUAUUUGAAGAUGCUGCAUUAAAAUUGAAUCUGCGAGCGUUAGCUGAAUUUGUGAGCAGUUUAUGUAAAACCAUUCACCAUGAAUUGUUUGAAACGCCAGAUCAAAAGAAAUCUAAAUCAAAUAAUAAUACUAAUAAUGUUACUCUUUUAACUAGAUUAUCUCGUUUAAUGUUACGAUGCAUUAAAAGUGGCCGUCCAUUGUUUCAUAUGAUGAAAAUAUGGUCAAUUGUUUUGCCAAGUUUGAUGGAAGUAAAUAUAUUUUAUGUUAUAAUUGUAUAUUUUGAUUUGAAAUUUAAAAUUUGAUUUUAGGUAUCAUGUCACAAAGAUUUGGCAUUAUCUAAACAAGCUAUAGUUUCUAUUCAUGAUACUGUUUUAUCUUUUCUUAAUGAUCAACCUGAACUUCCUAAUUUUCAUAUCAAUGAAUCACUAUUUAAGCCUUUUGAAAAUCUUUUGUGUUUAGAAUUAUGCGAUGUAGAAAUUCAAGAUCAAGUAAAAUAUUUUACUAUUUAAUUAUUUACACUACACAUUUAUGUUGAACAAUUACUAAAUGUUUUUUAUGAUUUCAUUGACAGAUUGUCAGUUCUUUGUGCGAAUUUGUCGAAGCUAAUCGCUCAGAUAUUAGGUCUGGUUGGCGACCUUUGUUUGGUGCUCUCAAAGUAGUCAAUAGUAGUCAUUUAUCAUCCCUUUUAGAAGUAUUCAGAGUUUUUCUUAAUACAGAUGACACAUUAGCAUUUUCAAAUGCAGCCGUUGAUUGUAUAGCAUGUCUUAUUAAACAUGUUAGAGGAACUAGUAAGCAUAUAUUAUAGUUUAUAUCUAAAUAAUAUGAUAUUGAAAUUACCGAGUUAUUUCAUUGAUUUAUUAGAUUUUGAUAAUUCUGAUGCUGAUACUAAAUUAGAAUUAUGCAAAGCGGCUCUUAAUCAUUUACAACAUUGUAGUUUAAUUUUAAGAUCAAUGUAUAUUAUGCCAGCUUGUCCAAAAUUCCAUUUACCAAAUCGGUAAAGUAUUACAUUUUUUUUUUAAACUUAUGAUUUACUUUAUAUAAUGUAAUUAGAUACUAUUUUUGAGUUAAGGACAACUUGUUCUCAAUAUUACAAAUAUAAUAACUAAAUUAUUUGAAAUAAUUAUUUUUUUGAGAAUGUAAAUAUUACUUUUAUUAAUUACAAAGUAUUUUAUUUAGAAAACAUGUCUUUACUUUGGUUGAUAAUGAUGUACUUGAACUGCAAAAUAUUCAAAAUGAAAACUAUAAACAACUAUCUAUUGACGAAUUAAAAGCUGAAGCUAUAGUUUUAGAAGAAAUUGAUCAACCGUGUGGCAUAUUAAGAGUAUGGUACUGCAUUGUUGAAGGACUUUGUACUGCUAUAACUGGUACAACUGCUAUAUAUCAGAGGCAAAGUCUUGAGUUACUCUUGGACAUAAUACGGUCAUUUUCAGAAACACCAGGUUAUAAUUUUUUUUAAGCACAAAUAUUAGUCUUAAUAAUAAAUAACAAUGAACACAUUACAGGAUUUAUAUUUGGUUGUUUUUGUAUUAAUCGACUACUUCUUCCUACCAUACAAACAUGGGCACGAAAAAUGAUAUUGACACAAGACUUUAGUGAUUUACCUAAUUUCAAACAAUUGUGUGGAAAUUCAACUGAUUUAAUAGUUAACUACUUUAAAAUAGACAAAAAUUAUAAGCCACAAUUUGAAAAAGAAAUAACACUUAUGAUGAAACAGUUAUUAUUCAUAUUAAAUGAAUUUUGUGUUCAAACAGUAGAGAACAUUGUCCGAUUAGGAUGUGCUUGUUUGAGACAUUUUGUUUUGGGAGCUGGAGAUAAUUUUACUACACGACAAUGGGAUCUGAUCAGUUUCAGUUUACAUAGAGCUUGUGCUAUGUCUCUGCAUCCAUUAACGAGAGUGUCAAUGACUUAUAGUCCAUUUUCAGAUAGUUUUUAUGGUGAUUUAGCAGCUGGAAUAAAAGUGGCUGCUAGAAGAGAUAGUACUGUAGAUGAUAAUUUACAUUUAAAGCAAUUAUCUCAACAAGUAAGAUUUGAUAUUUUGCAGAAAAAAAUAUAUUAUGUUAUAUAUGAAAAAGAAAACUGCAAACAUCAAUCAUAUAAUAACAGAUAAAUGUUAAAUAAAACAAAAAUAUUAAAAUACCUUAUUUUUAUUAAUAUAAUAGUAUUUUCUCCUUGAAACCACCAUUACAGACAGUAAUAUCACGUGUGAGGGUUCAAUUUUUUUUUUUUUGUUUAUUCUACUUUGUCAAACUCCUCUCACACAACUAAAGGUUAAAUUUAAACUCUUGGUUAAAUAAUAAUAAUUUUUUUUUUUUCAAUAUUUUUUGGUUUUCUUUUGAUAUAUGUUAGAAAGUUGUGAAAGUAAAUUGAAAAACAAUAAAACAAAAAUCUUUUUGGUCUGUAAGGGAUUAUUUUAUAAUGAUAAUCUUCUUAUUAUUAAAAUAAAAGUCAAAUGAUAACUAAAACAUCUUUUUAAUAAAAAAAAAAAAAAAAACUAUUUUUUGUGGGCAUAAAGAUGUAAAUAAAUGUUUUAUUAUUAUCUAAUUUUACAAGGAUCACAAAAACAAUUAUACUAUUUAACAUUGUUUUAUUAUAUUCAUAACAUCCUUAUAAAAAGUAUACUAAAUAAAGUGUUGUAUAACUUCACCUAACCUAGCAUGUAUAUAAAAUAAUAAAUUACUUUUUGAUAAACAUUUGAUUGGCAUUUUUAAAUUCUGCUUAAAAUAUAAUUAUUAUGUUAUACAAAUUUAAUUACAACGUGUUUUAGGUUUUUCUGUUAGACCAUCAAAGAGUUAAAAGUGAUACAAUUAUUGAUGAUGAAAGAAGUUUUAUAUUUUUAUUAUGUCAUCACUGGUGUAAUUCAGAAAUAGAUGAUCAAUGGCAAAAAAUACCAGAACGUGUUCCCUACAAAAAUAUAGUUCUUGGAUUAUUUGUAAAUGAGAUGUUAUUACAAAUGAUUGGGAAUGUGUUAGUAAAGGGUACCAACAAGGGUAUUCCAAGGUAUUUAUUUGAAAAUUUGUGUCUCUUUUUAUAUUACAAUAAAAAAUAAUUUUUUCUAGUUUAGCAAAUAUUCUUCUUCAUUCAUCGUUAAUGACGCCUAUGGACGAAAAUUCAUCCAAAACACUUGACCACCCUAUGCCUGGUUACUUGUCCUCACUCACCAAUUCUCAAAUUCACACAUUUAUUUCAUGUUUGAAUAUGACUUAUAGUAUGUCUUGGGAAUUUGAUUCUAGACCCGGUUUAAAAUUCCUAAUCCAAAAAGUCGCCGGUUUAGAGAAAGCAGCUAAUCUAUACAAACAGGCUGGAGGAGCUUGGACUCUUGCCUUAGUUGCGCUCUUUGAGAUAUGUUUAUAUCACACAUCUCUCUUAAAUUCUGAUCAGAUUAGAAUCAUUGUAGAUAAAAAGUCGCCUACUAAUGACACUGAAAGUUUUAUUCUCGAACUCAAACGUAUAUUUGACGACGCCUGUCAAAAGUAUGUUGAAAUAGUGAUGGAUAAAAGUGGUACACACUGUGCUAUUGAUAGAGCAGGAGAUAAACCAGUGUUCUUCUUUGUAGCACAAAAUGAUGAUAUUUUUGAAACAAAUGAGAAACCUACUGCAUUCAAGUUUGAAGAUUUUAAAAAAAUAUAUCCUGAUGCUCCAUUAACAUCAAAAAAUGAAGAAAGCGGUAGUGAUGAUGAUAAUGAUAAUGUUGAUGAUGCUAUAUAUGCGAUAGCUAGUUGUAAAAAUUUGGAUAAUCUAAUUGAAGAAUAUAAAAAGAGGAAACACGCAAACUCUAUGCCAGGACAACCUGAUUCUGUUGAAAAAAUCGAAGAGAAUUUACCAGCAGAAAUUGAAGAACAAAGACAAACUAGUAUGAGCAAGGUAAUUUAUCAAAUUUGUUGAUAAAACUCAAAAUGUUACCAAUUUACAUGAAAUAUAAAUUAGUUAUUAAAACAUUUAAUUUGUAGGACAGUGAAGUGCAUGAGGCUGUUUGGUCAGAGAUGUUAAUAUCAGUUUUUGAUCUGUUAGCACAGCUAGAUGAUGACUCGUUCAAAUUAUUGUUACCAGUCUUAUUCAAUGGAGUUAGAAUUUUGACAGAAUCCGCUACUAGGCCUCUUCUGAAACGUACUCUUGGGGAAUUUUAUCAAAGGGUAGCUUUUAUUUUUGGAUUUGGUCCAUAGUUAUUUUAUAUUUUAUUUUCCCAUGGAAUUUUUCAAAAGUUAUUAACAUGUAUUUAGGUAAGUUUGAUUUAUUUUAAUUGUAUAUCUGUUAAUUUAUAUCAAGAAUUUUAUAGCACCAGAGACUGAAAUUCUAUCAUUCAGCUUUAACCUUUUAUUGUUCUUAAAAUAAAAUGUUAAUAUAGAUAUUUAAAUAAUAAAAUAUCUAUAAACUAUUAUAUAAAUAACAACAAUAAUAUUUAGUAGAUAUGUAGUUCAUACAUUAAUUUUACCAUUGCCAUUGAUUUAAUUGGUCAAAAAAUAAAUACAAAAAUAUAAUCAUAUAAUAUUUUUAUUUCUUUUCAUAUUAAACUUGAACAUUUUGACUUCUCCAAUAAUAUUUAUUCUCCAUUUAAGAUCUAAAAUUAAUUUAUGUAUAUUAUAGAUUUUGUUAUCUAAAUAAUUGAGUGUUCAAAAAAAAAAUAAAAAAUACUGCUUUAUGUCUUUUUGUGUGAUAAAAAUAUGUUAUAAGUCAUAACUAAUUUUUUUAAAUAAAAGCUUUAGAAAAAUGUAAAACCACCAAUAAUGGUAUACUUAAAUAUUUAAUUAAAAGAUUAUUAUAAUAAAUAUUAAAUAAUCUUUUGAGUGGUUGAUCUUACAGUUUAUACAUUUAACAACUAUAAAAAUAUUAACAAUUAAAUUAUAAAUAUAUUAUAUUUUGUAUUCUUCUUCUUCUUUCUUGGUUUCGGCCAUUCAAGACCAUACCUAGAUAAGGAUAGAUCUAUCUUAUCUAUUAUAUUAUAAUAUAAUAUUUUGUAUUAGUUACUUAAUAUUAUUUAUGAAAAAAAAAAAUGUCAUGAACUAAAUUGAAUACUAUUGACUUCUAUUAAAUAUUAAAAAUAAAAAUUUGUAUAUAAAAAUCAAACAAUUAUUGGAUAGUUAUUAUUUUGUAUGUUUUUACCAAAUAAAUUAUCAUGGACUAAAUAUUUUGUUUAAAAGAUACUAGAUUAAGAGGAUGUUUGACCGGCAUCUACUGUCUCAGUCUAACUACCAGAUAACAUGCAAAAAACCAUACUUACAGAGAAUAAGUAAAACUAGCUUAAUUUUGAUUUUAGAAUGUAAGUAUAUAUAAUGAAAUUUACAGAGAACAAUAUUUUGGAGGAAAUAGAAUUAUUAUUACUUACUAUGAUAUUAGUGUCAUAUGUUUUUUUCUAACUGUAAAAAGUUUUUGUUUUACAAACCUUUAGGAGUGGUCUGUUUUAAUUAAGUUUAAUUUUUAAUUUCAUUUAGUUGAUACAUUAGGAAAGUUAUUUUUUAUUUUUCUUUCUCUUGAUAAAGGGUGAAAACUGAAAAAAGUCAGAAAGUUCAUGGAGUAACGGAUUUUGUUAAAGCCAAUUUCGUUUUAUUGUUGUAAUCUUAUUAAAAAUAAUCGUGAUGGUUGAAGUUUUUAUUGAUUAAUUAUUUAUAUCAAGUAGGAUAUUAGUUUAUUAAAAUUAGUAAUUUCUAAAAUAAAUGACACAAUUUUCGAAAUAUUAUGGAUUUUUUGAUAUAAAUUUAAUUGCAUGCAUUUUCAAGCAUUUUUGAUUUUAUUUUAUGUGGAUACAUUUGAUUAUAAAUUCGAAAAUGGUUUACAAAAUUUCUCAUAAGUUGUUUUUAGACUAUUUAUUUAUAAAAAAAAUAUCAAAAAUUCGUAUUUAUGAUUGUUAUUUUUUUUUAUUAGUGUUAGAUAUUCAAAUGUAUGAUAAAAUGUGAAUAAUAUAAUUUAAUUUAUAAAAUAUUAAUUUUAAAUUCAUAAAAACAAAAUUAACUAAUUUAGCUUAAAAAUGGUUUUUUGUUUAAAAUAAUAGGUAAUUUAUCGUUGAAUACAGUAUAGGUAUAUAAACUAAAUUAUCCUAUUUUGGGUUAAUUUUAUUGAUUGAUCGGUUGGUAUUCCACAUUAUUUGCUUAAUACUUUAUUUAAUUUUGAUGAAUAUAAUAAAGAUAAGUUAAUUAAUAAAUUAUUAUUUUAAUUUUGAAUACUAAUAAUACUAUUCAUUUACUUUCAAUAAUAGUAUUUAACACUGUUUUACAAUUAAAUAAACAUUACCUACAUAGUAAAUUUAUUUUCUGUUUCAUCAAUCGGUGGGCAUUUUCAGCUAUGUCUUGGAUAGACAGUUGGUUUAGAACACAUUUAAUAGGAUAAAAUCGAUUUUAUUACCAUUAUACUACGUGUAUUGAAUGAGACUUAGUGAAUAAAACAGAAACAAAGAAAAUUCUUAACAAGUUUACUAUAACUAAUUGAAAAAUUAAUUUAUCGUAAAAAAUAAAUUUUUUAUUUAUAUUUUUUUUUAUUAUGUGGUUUAGUAUUUUAUUAUGUUUUAAAUAAUUUGUAAAAAUAUUUAAGAUUCUAGCACUCAUAACAAUUAUUUUACUUGCCCUGUCCAUGAUAAUAGUUCUUUUUAGACUUGGUACAAUUUACAACAUAUUCUGGUGUUUUUAAAUUAUGAAUAGCUAUUUGAAAUUUUUAAGUUUUUGUUUCUUUUAUGUGUAUAGGUACAAGCGUUGUCAUUUAUUCUUAUAAACGAUUUAAGUUCAAAUUUAUGUUAAAACUCACGUAAAGAAAAACAAUUAAUUAUUUUUUAGUUUCAAAUUAAUACAAUUUUCAAUUCAAAUUUAUCCAAACAUGUUUAACCGAACUCACCUUAGGGUCGUAUUAUGAAAAAACAAAUGCAUUUUAAGUGUACCUACAGAAUUACCUAUCGCUCACUCGGAUGAUUUUAAUCUAAUCAAAAAAUACUCCUCGAUUUAUUGCGCAAACUUUUCUACCGGAAAUCUUGCUCCCAUGUAUCAAGUGUAACCUAUUUUCUGAAAGAAAAUAUUAUCCCCGUAGUUUGGGUAGGUCAUUUUUGUGAUUUUUUAAUCGGUCUUCAUAGUAACUUGGAAAAACCGGGAUAAAAUGUCGGAAAAACAGAAAAUGUACGAAAUGUAGGUGUUAGUAAAAAAAUAUUAUGGCCCUUUUUUUUCUGUCAUAAUUUUUCUACCAGCAAUUUCGAUCCAAUUUACAAUAAUAGCACUUUUUCUGAAAGUAAAUUUGACUGGGAAGGUACUUUAGGGAGGUCAUUUUUCGAUUUUGCCAAGAGUUUUCUUAGCAAAUGUGAUAAUCCGGGAAAAAACAUGAAAAUCGAUAAAAUAUCAAUUGAAUAUUAUUAAAAAAAAUAUAUAAUGCCUAUUUAAUUAUUUUACCAUAAUUUAACAUACAUAUUUUUGACAAAGCAACACUAUCAACUGAACAACUAACAACUGAACAUUAAUAUACUUUAAAUUCCCUUCUGUAUCCUACCUUUCUAACUAGCCACUUACAACAGUGGCAGUAUGUCCGUCUUUUUUAAAUAUUUUUUUACAAUAGUAAAUUAUUA